UUAUACAAAACCCCCAACACAACCGCCAUCAUUUAUAUUCCCCUCUUUCCUCACCCUUUCCCAUUUCUCACCAUUACAUUACAAUUGAAUUUUGAAACUUCUUAAGAAAAAUGGAAGUUCAAAUGUCGCCAGAAAUACUCCACGAUUUCUCUCCUCGUCUUCGAGUCUACAAAGACGGCCAAAUCGAACGCCUCCUUAAAGCCCACGCUCUUCCGCCAUCGUUCGAUUCCGCCACCCUUGUCACCUCCAAAGACGUCGAAGUUUCACCGGGUGUUUCAGCCCGUAUCUACCGACCUGUCAAAUUCGAACCCCAAAAGGCCAAACUUCCCAUCCUUAUUUAUAUCCAUGGAGGCGCCUUCUGCCUCUACUCUGCUUCUUCCUCAAUCUACCACAACUACCUUAACUCUCUCGUCUCGCUGGCUGGCUGUAUCGCUGUGUCGGUCGAUUACCGUUUGGCUCCCGAGCACCCGAUGCCCGUCUGCUACGACGAUUCCAUGUCUGUGACUCAGUGGGUACUUUCUCAUUCAACCGGGUCAGGCCCGGAACCGUGGCUCAAUGAUCGGGCCGAUUUCGAUCAAGUAUUCUUAGCUGGGGAUAGCGCUGGUGCUAAUAUUGUCCAUGACAUUGUGAUUCGGACGGACCAAUCAAAGUCAAAGCGAUUCGCUGGGAUCGCAAUGGUUCACCCAUUCUUCGGAGCUGGAGAGCCCAAUGGUCUAUGGGAUUAUUUAUACCCGGGUACUACCGGAGUGUUCGACUCCCGGUUGAACCCAGCGGCUAACCCGACUAAGAUGAGGAAGGAGAUUAGUGCAUGUAAGAAGAUACUGGUUUGCGUCGGUGGAAGAGAUUUUUUAAGAGACAGAGGGAUGACAUACUAUCAAGUUUUAAGGGAAGGUCAAGAAAAUGGUGAAUGGAAAGGGGAGUUAGAGUUGAUGGAAAGUAAAGGAAGAAAUCAUGUUUUCCAUUUGUAUAAGCCUGAUUGUGAUGAAGCUAGAGAUCUGCUCAUAAGGGUUGCUGAUUUUAUCAGUAAUUCUAACUCACAGGACUUUGAUUAUCAGAUAUGAUCAUGUUACAUUGUUACAUUGUUACAUUGAACGGGUCUAGUUGUCAAUUUGUCGAAUUACAAUAUCUAUAUGACCAUUCGCGUGAGAAUUUAGCCUUGAAAGGUAGAAAAUGAGGUUCAAAUUUGUCAAACAUAUACAAGUAGUUCGUUACUAGUAGUACAAUUUUAGUUUAAUUAUGUGGCUAAUGUUAUUAAUAUUAUAUUGAUAGUUUGAAUUAAAUUGUAGUUCGUAUUUAAAUGGGAUGAAUUGUCCGAUUCAGUGAUGAUUUGGUUCUUGCAAA